CAAUGUCGUUUGCUUCUGAAUCUAAGAGCUAUAGAUUAAUAUAGUUUAGUACUCAAGUAGGAAAAAUAAAAUGUCUUGCGAUAACGGAGAUCAGGUGCCGUUAUUAUCCUCCGACAUCCAAAGCCAAAAUAGCGAUCCUCAUAUAUACGAACAACAACUGACACAGAGGUUUUGGAUCGAAUCAAAGAAACUAUGGCACAUUGUGGGCCCCGCCAUCUUCACCCAAGUCGCUUCAUAUUCCAUGUUCGUCAUCACCCUGGCAUUCGCCGGCCAUCUCGGCGAUUUGGAAUUUGCGGCCAUGUCCAUCGGCAGUAAUGUCAUCGUGGGCUUUGACUACGGCCUGAUGUUGGGAUUGGCUAGCGCUCUGGAAACGCUAUGCGGGCAAGCAUUCGGGGCGAACAAGUAUAGCAUGUUGGGAGUAUAUCUGCAACGGGCAUGGGUGGUUAUGAUAAUAUGCUGCAUUGUGAUGAUGCCGCUGUUCAUAUACGCGACGCCGUUGCUGAAGCUUUUGGGGCAGCCCGACGACGUGUCGGAGCUUUCGGGCGUGGUGGUGAUGGCUUUCAUUCCGCUGCACUUCUGCUUCGGGUUACAUUUCCCGGUGCAGAGGUUCUUGCAGAGCCAACUGAAGAAUUCGGUGAUUGCUUGGGUGAAUUUGGUGGCGUUGAUUGUGCAUUGUCUGGUGAGCUGGUUGAUUGUGUACCGGUUUAGGCUUGGAAUCGUAGCCAUCAUCAUGACCUUGAACUUCUCUUGGUUCAUUAUCUUAUGUGGGUUGUUUGGCUACACCGUCUACGGCGGAUGCCCCCUCACAUGGUCCGGUUUCUCCGUCCAAGCUUUCUUUGGCCUUUGGGAUUUCUUUAAACUCUCUGUUUCUUCAGGAGUUAUGCUCUGGGAUGGCAACGGGGCGGAUCGGGGACGAUUUUACAUAUAACCUGUUGGGUUAAUGGCCCAAGUUGAGGUUCGGCCCAUUUACCCUUUCUUCCGGACGUACGUCCAGAUAGAUCACUAGGCUAGCCUGGCAAGCCCACUUCCUCCGGGAGGGACGAGCGUCUGCAGAUGGGGUUCAGGCUCAGCGGCCCAUAUCGACGAACGUCUAUGCAGGAACAAGGAGCAGGACCACGGGCCACCAGAAUGACGAUGAACGUCGUCAGAGCAAGCAAUACCCAUCAGAGGCAGUCCAGUCCACAUGGCGAGAAUCCACAAGGGCCAAGGGACGAACGGCCCAAUACCCCUUGAGGGCCACCAGGAGCAGCUCACCCCCCGGACGGACGAACGUCCCCACCAAUUGGCGGGAAACCUAGAUUCUGGCGGGAAGUGCAUUUAAUGCUGAAGAUUUGGUGGUUGGGACACCAGCCAACCGCAGUCUUCCACGUCAGCGUAGCCAACUGCCCAUUGGUGGGUAUAAAUAGAAGCAUUUAUUUCAUUGUAAACGGUUGGCAACUUUCUAUUCUUAGCACGCUAGCUAUAGCAUUCUUACUCGCAGCACUUCUACUGCCUUGUAAGACGAACGGCCGACGAGCCUUAGCGAAAGUAUUGUAUUAGGGAGUUAUUAACAGAUAAU